GUUGCCGUGGUCUGACUCGUGCGCUUAUAUAGUUUAAUUAAUAAAGCUGGACAAAGUAAAAGUACGCAGAGUAAAUGCACUACAGAACGAUACUUAAAUAAGAUAAACAGCUAUUUAUGUGUACCGCUAUUGACAGCUAGCCGCACUUUUAGCCAAAUAAACACACACACACACAGAGAGACGAAAACAUUGCAUUUACAGUCACAUUUACCAUAUAUAGUUACCAUAUUUGGCUGCAGGUUGCAACUGUAACAAGAAUCGUUAACAACGCAGCGUAGCAUCGAAAUUAUGAUAAAUCUGGACACAGCAAAUAAAAAUCAAUCGUCGAUAAUGCAACCGUUGCCGUAUUUUCAGGAUGAGGCACUGCGACCGGAAAUCAUAAAUGAAGCCGAAUUCAAGUCGAUACCCUUCAUCAAUACAAAUGAGCACGAUUCGAUGGACUCGAAUGUGAGCGGUGCAGCAACGCGAGCAUUUCUGUUCAUCGAUGCGGAUGAGAAUCUGCAGAUCGCAACACCGGAACUAUUUUGCAAGAAACUGAAUUGCCAGGAAUCGGAUAAACUGAAAGUGAUCUCAAUAUUUGGCAAUACGGGCGAUGGCAAAUCGCACACAAUGAAUCAAGUAUUUUUCGAUGGCGACUCCGUUUUCCGCACAUCCCCGGAGCAGAGCUCCUGCACAAUUGGCGUCUAUGCGGCCAUGCAGCGGGAGCAGGGUGCCCUCUGUCUGGACACCGAGGGACUGCUGGGUAUCACCUGCAAAAGCAAUAAACGCAUGCGUAUGCUCCUAAAGGUACUCGCCAUUUCGGACAUUGUCGUCUAUCGGACUCGGUCGGAGCGUCUGCAUAGUGAUAUGUAUGAGUUUCUGAGCACCGCUUCUGAGGCGUUCGACACGCAUUUCACCCAAGCGCUGCAGGCCAUGGGCAAUGGCAGCACACUGGGACCCGCUGUGAUCAUAUUCCACGAGACACACUACACCAAGCCCCUAGAGAGCUCCGUGGAGGAGAGCGCUGAGGACAAGCUGCGCAAUAGUUUUGCCAAUCAGAAAUUUAAGACGAACGCGUUUAGCUCGCUGCGUUAUGUGGGCAUCCAGACUGAUGCGAAGAGCUCAACGAAUUUCACGAAGAUUAGCGAUGCACUGCGUAUUGAGAUUGAGAAUACAUCCGUGCGUUCGCCACGCCAGCCGUCGGUUGUGUUUAAGGCAAUUAAAUUGCUUAAUCAGAAAUUCGCUGGCGAGAUCAUUGAGAAGGCGAUCAAUCCGUUUCCGGAGCAGUAUUUCACCUGCGGUGCCCACUGCGAGUCAUGCAGUCGUCGCUGCCAACGCUCCAUGGGCCACGUCAGCGAUGGCGAAUCGCAUUUCAAUAUGCAGCCCUGCAACUAUCAGCAUCAGUACGAGAACAAGAUGUACCUGUGCAAGGCAUGCUAUCAGAGUGGCAAGGAGAUUGUCGUCAGCAUACGCACGCAAUCCCAAACGGACACCGCCUGGUCCGGCCUGGCCAAAUACGUGUGGAAGGGCGAUGUCAUCGAGUGUCCCUAUUGCGGCGAAAUCUAUCGAACGCGCCAAUAUUGGUAUGGCAACAAAUCGCCCGAAUCGUCUGUGGUUCACGUGCAGAUCGUGCACGUAUGGAAGGGUGGCAAUGCUGCACAGCGCGCCAAUGCCCACUCCGCCCAAAUGGUCCUCGACAGCGUCAGCAGCAUUAGCGAGGGCAUCACCAAUAUAUCAGCACCCUGGACGAAGGCGAUCAGCGGCUUGGUUGCCGACAAGGUGGCGCCCAACUACUGGAGACCCAAUCAUGAAAUCAUUAUGUGCCACGCGUGCAGGUGCAACUUUGACCAGACGGGCAUGUCCAAGCAUCAUUGCCGUGGCUGUGGCGAGGGCUUCUGUCAGACGUGCAGCCAGCACAAGGUGCCGGUGCCAGCACGUGGCUGGUUGCAGCCGGUUCGCGUCUGCAACGAUUGCCAUCAGCAGCUGCAGCGCAAAUCGGAUGUGACACCGGCGCAAGCUCAAGAUCAACCUGAAUUUACUUAUUGCAAUUCAAAUCUGACUAUCGCCUGCACAGGCUCCAGGCCGACCAACGAUGAGGGCGACAUCCUGGUGCGUAAAUGUGGCGAGACCAUCUACAACACAAUCAGCAACUAUGCCUCCGUGCUGAUAGACUAUCCGAAGCAGAUGAUCAAGGAUAGCGCACGACCCUCGUAUUGGGUGCCAGAUGCAGAGUCGCCAAGCUGCUUCAUCUGCAAAUCAGUCUUUGGCCGUGCCGAGGAGCUGGCCAAGCAGCACCACCUGCAGCCGACGGAUGAAAGACGCAGCAGCGGCAGCAGCAGCAGCAACAAUAGCAGCAAGCAGAGCAAACGGAUCAGCAAUCCAACUGGAAAUGGAGUAACAAUCGAUUGCCAUCGACAUCAUUGCCGACGCUGUGGUCAGGCAGUCUGCAGCAGCUGCUCGAAGCGGCGCAUGCCCGUCCUGGAGCGCGGCUGGCCAACGGAUGUGCGUGUGUGCGAUUCGUGCGCAUGUGUGCCGCAAGCAUCGAACAGCCAACAGUGCAUCUCCAGCGCCAUUUCGGAUGCCAUCAAUGGCAGCAGCGAUGCAGCGACUGCAACGGAUCACCAUCCUCGUCGCAGCGAUCAGAACACCGCCGGCAGCAAUGGUCGAGCAAGCUGCAACGAUUAUCGCCACACCAAUGGCAAUAUCAAUAGCAAUAUCAGCGAUGAUGCCAAGGCGAAAACCGAAUGAAACGCGGCCCAUGCGGGCAGACAACAACAGCAGCAACAAUCCAACAGAGCAGUCACAAUCUGGUCCAAGUGUCCAGGCAAGCGUUAGAUUCGUUAAAUGAUGUGUUAGACAUGCGUCGUCUUCGUCGAGCUCAAGCUAGAAAUCGUACAAUGUGAUACUAUAUAUAUAUACCCAAUCUAAAAGUUGCUUAAAUAUAUAUUAUAUAGUUAUAUAUAUAUAUAUAUAUUUUCUUCGUAUUCAAUCUGAACUUCAUCUAUAUGUAAAAGAAUUCUUUUAAAUGUUUUAUAUAUUUUUUAGAUAUA